UCAGUGAUGGACUCCAAGCUCAGCCCUUUGUAAUACAGGUCGAGCCAAUGAGGAUCAGAAGAGAUGUAGCCGUUGCUUGUCGUACGGAAUGCAGGAGGGAGAGGAAGAGAACUGGAUCCAGGCUCAUUGAGCUGUAAGCACACACUGGCAUUGUUCAGCUCAACUGUGAUCUUCUCAUCAGACAAAACUUCUUCCCUUUCUAUGGCAACUGCAUGCUGCCUUUCAUACAGGAUUGAGCUCAGGGAAAACACUUCUUGGAGACAUUUGUCCAUGGAUUAGAUGCAAUGGAGAACCACAAUCAAGUGGAUCUUUUAAUUUGGAGAAUUCUGUGACUUUGGAGAAUUCACCUGGAGGAUUACAACGCCGUCUGCUGUGAUUAUAGAGAACUCUUUGCAGGGUAGUGGAACAUGAUCACCCUUUCAGCUGCACCACUAUGUAUAUCCACAUGGGCAUAACUUAUAGUUUCUGGGUCUCUGAUACAAUGAUAGCCUGUCCCUGGAUGAGAGAUUGGGAAGAAAAGCUCCUUUUCAUCCUCAUCAUGGGAGCUUUGGCUGGUGGGUCCUUCAACUGUCCCUCCUCUUGUAUAUGUGCUUCUGAUCUCCUCAGUUGCGUCAGGCAAAACCUGCACCAGGUACCGAAACCUCUGCCCUCCAUUACAGUAUCUCUGGACCUGAGCCAUAACAAUCUUAGUCACCUCCACAACCAUUGGCUCUCUAGCCUGUCAAGACUGCAUACCCUCCGCCUUAACCAUAAUCACAUCCGCCAGAUAUCAGCCCAUGCCUUUCACAACGCCACAGCACUGCACCACUUAGACCUUUCUUCCAAUCUUCUGGAAGACAUUAGGGAAGAGUGGUUUAAAAGCCUUUGUAAACUUGAGGAGCUGCUGCUAUACAACAAUCGCAUUGGUUAUGUGGAUGAUAGUACCUUCUCCCAUUUGAGCAACAUACAAAAAAUCUACUUGAGCUGGAACUUAAUGACCAAUUUCUCAUUUCAGUCCAUGCAGAACCUGACCAACCCUCACCUACGCACACUUGAUCUCUCCUCCAACAGGUUUCUGGAGCUUCCCGUGGAAGAACUGUCUGCUUUACCCGCAUUUAUAAAGAACGGCUUGUAUCUACAUAACAACCCACUGACCUGUCACUGUGCCCUGUAUGCCCUCUUCACUCUUUGGGAUAAUCGGGGGUUUUCCUCUGUGGUGGAUUUUUUUGAAGCGCACACCUGUCUGUAUAUGGGGAACCCUCGAGCCAUAGUGCGCAUUCUACAAACACAGAAUGGAUUUGACAACUGUUCACUUGGAAAGCCGCAUAGACUGCAGGAUAACAGUCUAAAGGUUCUUGUUGGGAAAUCACUUAUGAUAACCUGCAACACUAGCUUGCCGCAAGAAAAUACUACCUUUCUUUGGAUCUUACCCACAUAUGAGUUCCUUGCCUUUCCUGGGAAUAGCAAUCAGAGCUUUAGAAUUCUCCACAAUGGUAGCCUAGAAAUCAGGAAGGCUGAGAUGUGGAAUGCUGGAUUCUACCUAUGUAUUGCCGUAAACAAAUGGCUUAAUUAUAACGCUACCCAUGAGGUGAACGUAACUGUGCAUUAUCCAAAACAAGAAGGUGAGUCCUUUAAUACUGGACUUACCACCCUUUUGGGUUGUGUUGUUAGCUUAGUGUUAGUCUUCGUAUAUCUCUACAUGACUCCGUGUAACUGCUUUCAUUGCUGCUUUAAGCAUCCGCACACUCCUAGUCCCCCACUAGAAAGCAGCGGCCAGUCAUCUAUCCUCUGUGGAACGCCACCCACCUUUGAAGGGCCCAACAGUCGCAGGGCCGGCAUCAACCGCCACGUGGUCUUCUUGGAGCCAAUCAAAGAGGGACGGGGUGAGAAAAACUCAAAAGUUAUACAGCUACGGUCAGACUCUGACUCUGCUAGUUCUGUUUUUUCCGACAGUCCCAUUGUGUCUACUUAGGUGGAUAACUUUUAUUAUCAUCCAGAUGGAAGAUGUAAAAUAUAAUGCAAUGGAUGGAUGACAUGGUGAACAUCUCUCUGACCUUAGUGUAGACAAUGACCACACAGAGUCAUUACCCUGAUGGCCUUUAUACAAUGGCCAAGCAUCGUGCCCCUAGCGGACCUGUAGCCUGGAAUUUAAAGCGAUAUUAAUGCGAUACCAAUAAAUAAUGGGGAAGUUCAACAAAAGGUUUUAAAAACCUUCAUCCGACUUAUAUAGUUCAGCUUUUAAAAACAUAAUCUAGAAACAGGAUUGUAGGAAUCUGGAAGGAGACUGGCCAUGCUUUAUUAUGAAUUGAAAGACAGUGGUGGCUUUACUCUAGCAAAGUAUAAUCUCUAUCAUCUAAUUUAAGAAUAAGAAGAGAAA